CCACGUCUCAGCCGCUGGCCAGCCCCCUCCCCGCCCCACCUCCUGUCCCCUGCCGCCUCCCCACAGCCUCUCUCUUCCUCCUGGCAAAGCAUCCAGCCCCUGCUGCUCCUCCUUGGGUCCAGGGCGCCUUCGGCAGGCGCUUCCCUCCCUCCGUCCCUCCCUCCUGUGGCUGCCUCCUCCACCCCUCUCCUGCUCUCCUUCCCCUUUCACCCUGUCCCCUGCUCUGGACUCUGCAAACAUGAGGGUCUUGGCCUGCCUCCUUGCCGCACUGGUGGGGAUCCAGGCUGUUGAGCGGCUGCGCCUGGCUGACGGCCCCCACGGGUGUGCUGGCCGCCUGGAGGUCUGGCACAGUGGACGCUGGGGCACCGUGUGUGACGAUGGAUGGGAUCUUCGAGAUGCCGCUGUGGCCUGCCGGCAGCUGGGCUGUGGGGGGGCGCUGGCCGCCCCCGGUGGAGCCUUCUUCGGGGAGGGCGCAGGGCCUGUGUGGCUCAGCGAACUGGCCUGCCGGGGCAGCGAGGGGCAGUUGGGCCUCUGCUCCCACCGGGGCUGGAAGGCCCAUAUCUGCUCUCACGAGGAAGACGCAGGCGUUGUCUGUGCAGGGCAGCGCGUGGCUAACUCAAGGGAUGAUUCCACAUCCCUGGAUGGGGACCAGUGGCUGGGGUUGUCAGGGGAGCUGAGCCCUGGAUCAGAGGAGCCCCCUGUGACUCACGUUCCCCGCCCAGCUGGGAGCCUCCAGAGUGGCUCUCGGAAGAAGAGCCCCCGGCCACCCAAGCAGGCCAAGUCCACGCGGGCCCCUCUGCUGACGACGGGAGUCCCUCGCCAAGAGCGGCUGCGCCUGGUCUCAGGCCCUCACGGGUGUGCUGGCCGCCUGGAGGUCUGGCAUGGUGGACGGUGGGGCACUGUGUGUGACGACGGAUGGGACCUUCGUGAUGCCGCUGUGGCCUGCCGGGAGCUGGGCUGCGGGGGGGCGCUGGCCGCCCCUGGAGGCGCCAGGUUUGGGCCCGGCGUGGGGCCUGUGUGGAUGGACGACGUGGGGUGUGGAGGAGGAGAGCAGGCCCUCCGGGAUUGUCCCCGAAGCCCCUGGGGUCGGAGCAACUGUGACCACAGUGAGGACGCCGGGCUGGUCUGCACAGGCCCAGCUCCCAGGCUGCGCCUGGCCGACGGCCCCCACGGAUGUGCUGGCCGCCUGGAGGUCUGGCACAGUGGGCGCUGGGGGUCAGUGUGUGACGACGCCUGGGACCUGCGUGAUGCCGCAGUGGCCUGCCGAGAGCUGGGCUGUGGGGGAGCGCUGGCCGCCCCUGGGGGCGCCUUCUUUGGGGAGGGGGCUGGACCCAUCAUCCUGGAUGAUCUUCGGUGUCGGGGAAACGAGACGGCCUUGCGAUUCUGCCCAUCGCGGCCCUGGGGCCAGCAUGACUGUCACCAUCGUGAGGACGCUGGGGCUGUGUGUGAUGGCAUGCCCCUCGGUUAUGUCCCUCCCACGGCCCCUGCAGUGCAGAGCAACGGCUCAACAAUGCCCAGGGAGGCAGCAUCCAGGCCCCUGGCCACUACGGUGAGCCAGGCCCCAGGGACAGCAGGCAUUUUACCUCCUCCAGACUCUCCCGCUGCCCCUCGGGAGCCUGGACCGGAAGCCGGGUCCCCCCAGCUGCGCCUGGUGGCUGGGCCCAGCAGGUGCUCAGGCCGGUUGGAGGUGUGGCAUGAUGGGCGCUGGGGGACUGUGUGUGAUGAUAGCUGGGACAUGCGCGAUUCGUCUGUGGUCUGCCGGGAGCUGGGAUGUGGAGGACCUCGGCAGCCAGACCCUGCUGCUGGCCGCUUCGGCUGGGGCGCAGGCCCUAUUUGGCUGGACGAUGUGGGCUGUGUGGGGACUGAGGCUUCACUCUCUGACUGCCCUGCUGCUCCCUGGGGGAAGCACAACUGUGCUCACAAUGAGGAUGUUGGAGUCACCUGCACCGGGCCUCCUGGACUGGACUCCAUCUCAGACCCCUUCAGCUGGAGCUGGAUCCCUGGAAUGGGUAGAGAUCGGGAUGCCUGGCUCCCGGGAGAGUUGGUCACCAAGCCCUCUCCAAGUCUGACCUCCAGUGUUCUGAAGAAAACAACCACUAAGGCCCCAGAGAAAAUACCUAAGAGUACUAAGAAAUGGGUGACAAAAAAUGCAAAGAGACCAACCACUCAAUCCCCAGUGAUACCAACCACUAAACACUCCAGGGGCCGAGGCACCCAAAGCCCCCCAGUAAUAACCUCACAGAUCACCACCACCCUGGCCACUGAUGCCCCUCACAGACGGACCUCACACACCACCACAACGCUGACUCCUCAGGCCCACCAAGAAUGGGCCACUCAAGGUCCCCAAGAUAUUACCUCUGAGGCCACCACCAAGCAAAUCCCUCAGGCCUCCCUGGAGCCAUCUGCCAAAAUCCCAGCAGAAGGAUCUCCAGAGUCAUCCAAAGACCCAGGCCCUUCCCCUACUGCUAGCGCCACUGGAGAAUCAGGCCCUGUCCGUGUUCGUCUGGCUGACGGACCCAACCGGUGUGCCGGCCGGCUAGAAGUGUGGCAUGCUGGACGCUGGGGGACAGUGUGUGAUGACAGCUGGGACCUACGGGAUGCCACUGUGGCCUGCUGGGAAUUGGGCUGUGGAAAGGUCCGGCCCCGAGUGGGCAAAACCCACUAUGGCCCUGGGACUGGGCCCAUCUGGUUGGAUGACAUGGGUUGUAAGGGAAACGAAGCCUCGCUGAGCGACUGCCCCUCGGGGGGAUGGGGGAAGCACAACUGUGACCAUGAGGAAGACGUGGGGCUCACCUGCACUGGAUACACAGACUAUGAUGACUAUCCCCCCUGGACCUGGGACUCCACCUCAGUAGAGGACCUUGCCAAGGGGAUCACCACAGCAGUACCUGGACACACUCUCUCCUGGGGCACCACCAGACGCCCAGGGACUCCCUCCCCAGCUACAAGGCACCUUCCAGACACAGGUGACAAAGAUGGUUAUGAGUUUCCCUGGACGUGGGACACACCUUCAGGACGGGGCCUGGUCAAGGGAACCCCAAUCGCAGGCAAACCUGGACCCACUCUUACCACUAGCACCACCAAGAGCCCAGGUCACCCCUCUCCAGCUCUAAGAAUCCAUGAGGACACAGGUUCCCAGAGGAAACCGUGGGCCGAGCGCUGGCUCCUGCAACCCACCGCAGCCAGGACAGCACCCCCCAUUUCGUCCCCAGAUCCCUCGGCUUCUCCAGGGCCCCCAGGUCCCCCGCUGACCUCUGACUCCAGGCCACAGCUCAUCCCUGAAUCAGCUUCAACGCGGGAGGCAACCUCUGACCCUCCUGACACUUCGCCACCCACCCCAGACCCUGCCUCCUGGGUGAAUCCUGACCUCACCUUGACAACCCCUCACCUUACUUUGUCCACCCCUGACUCCAGUGAGUUUCCAGAGCUCUCACCCACUCGACCACCCACCUUGCCCAAAGAGCUGACCUCUGACCCCUCUGCACCGUCAGAGGUGACCAGCCUUUCUCCCACCUCAAAGCUGACCCCAGAAUCUGACACAACCUCAGACCUGGACACAACUUCAUACCCCAAUACAGUUCCAGAACUUUCUGGAUCCCCAGACCCUUCCACAAGCCCUCACCCCCCAACCACUCCUCAGUCCCCCCCCACCCCUCAACAUAUCACCACCCCUCACCCCACCAGCACCCCUCACCCCACCAGCACCCCUCAACACACCAGCACCCCUCAACACACCACCACCCCUCAACACACCAUCACCCCUCAACACACCAGCACCCCUCACCCCACCAGCACCCCUCAACACACCACCACCCCUCAACACACCAUCACCCCUCACCCUACCACCACCCUGCAACACACUAGCACCCCUCACCCCACCAGCACCCCUCACCCCACCAGCACCCCUCAACACACCAGCACCCCUCAACACACCAGCACCCCUCACCCUACCACCACCCCUCACCCCACCAGCACCCCUCAACACACCACCAGCCCUCAACACACCACCACCCCUUACCCCACCAGCACCCCUCAACACACCAGCACCCCUCACACCACCAGCACCCCUCAACACACCACCACCCCUCAACACACCAGCACCCCUCACCCCACCAGCACCCCUCAACACACCACCACCCCUCAACACACCACCACCCCUCAACACACCACCACCCCUUACCCCACUACAAUUUCUCAACCCACCACUACUCAAUUUACCAUGAUUCCUGAUCCCACCUCAACCCCCAUCAUCACUACUAAGUCCUUUGCAACCUCCUUGGGAAUAGAACUGCCCUCUCCCACUCCAGCACAGACAGUCAAGCCCAGACUGACCUUCAUGGCACCUGCUGCUCACACCUCCACAUCCCUAGAGCCCUCUCCAGCCGCAGAGUCCAACCCCUCCAAGCCCUCUCCAGCCCCAAGCAUGGACCCGCUGUCCACUGAGGACUUCAAACCACCCAGAAGCCAGAGCCCCAAAGUUACACCUCUACCUACCCAGACCCCACACUCAGCCUCCCACCCUACUGUGACCCCUGACCUCCACCUCUCCUCCAUGGCCCACCCCUUGGAUCAACCUCCCCCUGACCACCUCACCCUAGCACCAACCCCUGGUCACAGCCCAGCUUCCUUUGGCCCAUGUGUGGCCCCAGCACCACCUAUAAGGGUCAUGACUUGUGAGCCACCUGCCCUGGUGGAGCUGGUGGCCGCUGUGAGGGACGUGGGUAGCCAGUUGCAGAGGCUGACCCAGGUCCUAGAACAGGACCAGCAGGAGCGCCAAGCCCUGAAACUGGGGUUGACCCAGCUGGUGGAGGCCACUCGGGGUCUGGGGCAGCUGGGCAAGGCUGUAAAGAGACUGGCAGAGGUGGCCUGGCCCCUCAGCACACCUGUGCCAACCACCACCACCCCAGAGGAGGAGGAGAGGCCUCUCAGGGGAGAUGUGUGACCCUCUCCAGGAUUUGGGGUGUUUAAGACAUUCCCAGCCAAAAAAAGAAAAUCAAAGUAUCUAAUUAAAACAAGAUGUGAAUGAUGUUUCUGGGGGACUAGGAGAACCCUGGAGAGAGAGAAUCACAGAUUGAUCUUGAUUUGUGAAUAUCAAAUGCUGUGGAAGGUGGUGGUGAUGAUGGUGGUAAUUACGGUGAUUAUCAUGAUAGCGAUGACAGUGAUGGUGAUGGUCAUGAUGAUAAUGGUGGCGGUGAUGAUGGUGGUGGUAGUGAUGAAGAUGGUGAUGAUGGUGACGAUUAUGAUGGUGAUAACAUGAUGGCAAUGAUGGUGAUAAAGAUCACAGUGGCGAUUAUUAUGAUGGGGGUCGUAAUGACAAUGAUGGCGCUCCAU